AUGUGCGGCAUCUUCUGCUCACUUGGUUCUGCACCCAUACACCCAACCCCAGAAACACAGCGUCUGCUGGUAUCCCGAGGACCAGAUAGUGUCUGCACUCACACAGUCCAGAUCAAUGGAGUGCAGUCCUGGCAUCUCACCUUCAUCUCAACCGUAUUGUCACUGAGAGGUGACCAUGUCUACGCCCAGCCUCUCGUAGACCCUGCCACACAGUCUGUGCUGUGCUGGAACGGUGAGGCCUGGAAGAUCGCCGGUGAGAGGGUCCAGGGCAAUGACACAGAGCAUAUUUUCACCUUGUUUCUACGAGCUGUGACGCUAGCUGAUGGUGAUGGUGAUCGUAAGCACGCUCUUCACAAGCUAGCCAGUGCAAUUGCAAGCAUCUCCGGGCCCUUCUCCUUUGUGUUCUUUGACGCGCGCAACUCAAGACUCUUCUUUAGCAGGGAUUGCCUCGGCAGAAGAUCUCUCCUGCAGGGGCUUGAUGAGAAUGGCAGCUUGAAGAUUGUCAGUCUUUGUGAUGGGUCGUCCUCAUCACUGGGAUUCGAGGAGGUCGGCACUGAUGGCAUUCAUAUGAUUGAUCUGAACCACUGUUCGGGUCCGCCACAGGCAGGACAAAAGUCUCUCUCGGAGAUGUACAAGAUUGAGACUUUGCCAUGGAGCUCUGAUCCACAACCUCCAGCUGGGCAUUUGAAAUCUCCACUUCCACCCAUGAACAUGUCCAUUCCAACGGAGCAACCCCCUCCACUAACGACAGACUCUCAAUUUGUUCAAGACCUCGAGGCACGACUCGGUGAAUCACUGAAGCCAAGAAUCCAAAAUGUUCCCGAGCCUCCUGGGUAUAUUCAAGGCCGCAGCGCCAAAAUCGCUGUUCUUUUCUCCGGCGGUCUAGACUGUACGCUGCUAGCCAGACUCUCACACGAUCUUCUUCCUCUGGAUGAACCCAUCGACCUGCUCAAUGUGGCUUUUGAAAAUCCACGGGUAGCAGCAGCAGCGAACUCCAGUCAUCAAAAAUCUUCUUCACCACAACCAACCCUCUCCAUCUAUGAAGCCUGCCCAGAUCGAAUAACCGGUCGUUCCGCACACAAGGAACUGCAAACCUCCUGCCCCGGCCGUAUCUGGCGCUUCAUCGCCAUUAACAUUCCAUACGACGAAACAUUAGCGCACCGGGACCAAAUCAAGCGCCUGAUGAGACCCCACAAUACAGAAAUGGACCUAUCAAUCGCAUGUGCCCUCUACUUCGCAGCCCGCGGCAAAGGCACAACCCAAACCCAAACCACCCCUGCCUCCUCGGAGAACGACUACACCACCUGCGCGCGAAUUCUCCUCUCAGGGCUAGGCGCCGACGAGCUCUUCGCCGGCUACGGCCGACACGGGGUCGCAUUCACAAAGCACGGGUUCGAGGGCCUUGUCGCAGAGAUCCAUCUCGACGUCAGCCGGCUCGGGCAGCGUAACCUCGGCCGCGACGACCGCGUCCUCUCACACUGGAGCCGGGAGACGAGGUUUCCCUACCUGGAUGAGGAAUUCGUCGCUUGGGUGCUCCGCGCUCCUGUGUGGGAGAAGUGCGGGUUUGGUCUACCUUUACCAGAGCCUCUAGAAGAGCAGCCGAUCGUCGACGACGGUGGCCGCCGGCCAGAUGCUGAGAAAUUGGCUCUUCGGCUUGUUGCUUUGCGGUUGGGGUUGCGGUCUGUUUCCUUGGAGAAGAAGCGCGCUAUCCAAUUUGGGGCGAGGACAGCGAAAAUGGAGACGGGGAGAUCGAGGGGGACUGAUACCCUGGACUGA